UCCGUUUGGUAGGAGCAGCCCAGAGAAGUUGUGGGUGUUCUACGUGACAAGGAAAACUCCACGUCUAGGCUGGCGACCUGGUUUGAUCCACACGGGGUCUCCCGCGGCGUCACAUUCGGAGAGGUACGGAAAGGCGGGCAGGCGCCACGCGGACGCGCUCAAGCUUGGCUGCUCCCGCUCGCCGUAGCCGCGUUUCCAACAUGGCGGCUCCCCAGGAUGUCCACGUCCGGAUCUGUAACCAAGAGAUUGUCAAAUUCGACCUGGAGGUGAAGGCGCUUAUCCAGGAUAUUCGAGAUUGUUCCGGACCCUUAAGUGAGCUUACUGAACUGAAUACUAAGGUGAAGGAAAAGUUUCAACAGUUAAAACACAGGAUCCAGGAGCUUGAGCAGUCAGCACGGGAGCAAGACAAGGAGUCAGAGAAGCAGCUGCUACUUCAGGAAGUGGAGAACCACAAAAAGCAGAUGCUCAGCAACCAGACUUCAUGGCGGAAAGCCAAUCUUACCUGCAAGCUUGCCAUCGACAACCUGGAGAAGGCAGAACUUCUGCAAGGAGGAGACUCCUUAAGACAAAGGAAAACUACCAAAGAGAGUUUGGCCCAGACCUCCAGCACCAUCACAGAGAGUCUCAUGGGGAUCAGCAGGAUGAUGUCACAGCAGGUGCAGCAGAGCGAGGAGGCUAUGCAGACUCUAGUUAGCUCUUCACGGACUCUCCUGGAUGCUAACGAAGAGUUCAAGUCCAUGUCAGGAACCAUCCAGUUGGGCCGGAAACUCAUCACAAAAUACAACCGCCGCGAGCUGACGGACAAACUUCUCAUCUUCCUCGCCCUGGCCCUGUUCCUCGCCACGGUCCUCUACAUCGUGAAAAAGCGCCUCUUUCCAUUUUUGUAAGGAGAGCCGCCAGCGUUGGCCUGUGCACUCCUGCUUCAGGACCUGGACUCUGAGGACUGACUGGGCUGCCAGUCUGGGCUUCCCCUCUGGCUUGCUCGCUUUCUCAGGGGCUCAGUGAACCCAGCAGAGGGAAACACAACAGCCCAGCCUCCUGCCAGAGGGCGUGGCAAGGGCGUGUGGAAUAGAGGAGACUGGAACCUUCAGGACUGAGGCGCUCCAGCUCACCCUGCUUCCAAGGACUGUGGCUGCCACCCAGAGCGCUUCACCUCUGGGACGUGGUGCACCUCCCGUCGCCGUGUCCAGGAGUGUGAGCUCUGAGUCUGGUGGAGGGAAGAGAGGAGAGGCCUGUGAGAGGGAAGGUGACAGUAGCUCAUGGCUGUUCGCCGAAUAAACCUCAUUUAUUUAA